CCCAGCGUCGGUCCGGGCGGGCGGCGCGAGCCCUCCUCCUCCUCUCUUCCCCCCGCGUCGCCCCCCGGCCGCGGCCCUCGCUUCACCCCCGACGCCCGGCGUGCGCGCCCGCCCUCCCGAUCCCGCCAGGCCCGGGGUCCCCGCCCGCUCGUCCGCUCCGCCGCUCGCCCGCGGCCACCGCUCGCGUCCACGCUGCCUCCCGGGCCGGCGCGGCCGCGGGCCACCGCCGCCACCCCGCCCCCUCCCCGCCCGUGCCGCCCGCCCGCCGCCGCCGCUCCGGAUGAGGUGAUGGCAACGGCCAACUUCGGCAAGAUCCAGAUCGGGAUUUACGUGGAGAUCAAGCGCAGCGAUGGCCGAAUACACCAAGCAAUGGUAACAUCUUUAAAUGAAGAUAAUGAAAGUGUAACUGUUGAAUGGAUAGAAAAUGGAGAUACAAAAGGCAAAGAGAUUGACUUGGAAAGCAUCUUUUCGCUUAACCCUGACCUUGUACCUGAUGAAGAGAUUGAACCCAGUCCAGAAAUACCUCCACCCUCAUCAUCCUCAAAAGUAAACAAAAUUGUAAAGAACCGACGGACUGUGGCAUCUAUUAAGAAUGACCCUCCCCCAAGAGAUAAUAGAGUGGUUGGCUCAGCACGCGCACGGCCUAGUCAGCUUCCUGAACAGUCAUCUUCUGCACAACAGAAUGGUAGCGUUUCAGAUAUAUCUCCAGUUCAAGCUGCAAAAAAGGAGUUUGGACCUCCUUCACGUAGAAAAUCUAAUUGUGUGAAAGAAGUAGAAAAAUUGCAAGAAAAACGAGAAAAAAGGAGAUUGCAACAGCAAGAACUUAGAGAAAAAAGAGCCCAGGAUGUGGAUGCUACAAAUCCAAAUUAUGAAAUUAUGUGUAUGAUCAGAGACUUCAGAGGAAGCUUGGAUUACAGACCCCUAACAACAGCCGAUCCUAUUGAUGAACAUAGGAUAUGUGUUUGUGUAAGAAAACGACCACUCAAUAAAAAAGAAACUCAGAUGAAAGAUCUUGAUGUAAUCACAAUCCCUAGUAAAGAUGUUGUGAUGGUGCAUGAGCCCAAGCAGAAAGUAGACUUGACAAGGUACUUAGAGAAUCAGACAUUUCGUUUUGAUUAUGCCUUUGAUGACUCAGCUCCUAAUGAAAUGGUUUACAGAUUCACGGCAAGACCACUAGUGGAAACAAUAUUUGAAAGAGGCAUGGCUACAUGCUUUGCUUAUGGGCAGACUGGAAGUGGAAAAACUCACACUAUGGGUGGUGACUUUUCAGGAAAGAACCAGGAUUGCUCUAAGGGAAUUUAUGCAUUAGCCGCUCGGGAUGUCUUUUUAAUGCUGAAGAAGCCAAACUAUAAGAAACUAGAACUUCAAGUAUAUGCAACAUUUUUUGAAAUUUAUAGUGGAAAGGUGUUUGAUUUAUUAAAUAGGAAAACAAAAUUAAGAGUACUAGAAGAUGGAAAACAGCAGGUGCAAGUGGUAGGAUUGCAGGAACGGGAGGUCAAAUGUGUGGAAGAUGUACUGAAACUCAUUGACAUAGGCAACAGUUGCAGAACAUCUGGUCAAACAUCUGCAAAUGCACAUUCAUCUCGGAGUCACGCAGUCUUUCAGAUUAUUCUUAGAAGGAAGGGGAAACUACAUGGCAAAUUUUCUCUUAUUGACCUGGCUGGGAAUGAAAGAGGAGCUGAUACAUCUAGUGCGGACAGGCAAACCAGGCUUGAAGGUGCUGAAAUUAACAAAAGCCUUUUAGCACUCAAGGAGUGCAUCAGAGCCUUAGGUAGAAAUAAACCCCAUACUCCUUUCCGAGCAAGUAAACUCACUCAGGUGUUGAGAGAUUCGUUCAUAGGUGAAAAUUCUCGUACUUGCAUGAUUGCCACAAUCUCUCCAGGGAUGGCAUCCUGUGAAAAUACUCUUAAUACGUUAAGAUAUGCAAAUAGAGUAAAGGAGUUUGGAAUUAGUCCUUCAGACAUUCCCUUCUCCCAGGGUAGUGGCAGUCGCCCUGAUCUCUCUCCUUCUUACGAUUAUGACGACUUUUCUCCUUCGAUUACCAGGGUGAAAGAGUUGACUGUAGAUCCAGCUGCUGCUGGUGAUAUCCGUCCAAUAAUGCACCACCCACCAAGCCAGAUUGAUGACCUAGAGACACAGUGGGGUGUGGGGAGUUCCCCUCAGAGAGAUGAUCUAAAACUUCUUUGUGAACAAAAUGAAGAAGAAGUUUCUCCACAAUUGUUUACUUUCCAUGAAGCUGUCUCCCAGAUGGUAGAAAUGGAAGAACAGGUUGUAGAAGAUCAUAGGGCAGUGUUCCAGGAAUCAAUUCGCUGGAUAGAAGAUGAGAAGGCUCUCCUUGAGAUGACUGAAGAAGUAGACUAUGAUGUGGACUCGUACGCAACACAACUUGAAGCUAUUCUUGAGCAAAAAAUAGACAUUUUAACUGAGUUACGAGAUAAAGUGAAAUCUUUUCGUGCAGCGCUACAAGAAGAAGAACAAGCCAGCAAGCAAAUUAACCCCAAGAGACCCCGAGCCCUCUAAGUCGGUAUUUGCUACUAAAGGAUCCCCAGAAUCCCUAAUACUGUAACAAAUGGUGGUCCAACUGUAAAGGCCACUUGAACGUUUUUGAGAUCUUAAGUGUGUGGAAAAUAUCUUGUCCUUCACCUGAAUGACAUUUCAAUUUUGUGAAACACUCCUUUGUCUACAAGUGCUUUUAGUCCAAGAGGCACAACUAACAAUUGGGAUUAGUGAAGUAUUUUGUUUCAUUUACCCAAACAGUGAUUGCUUUUGGAUAUCCUUACCAAUUUUAUUUAAGGAUUGUGGAAGUAAUCCAGAAGUCGAGAAUAGGGGAAGCCACAGAAUUUCCUUUAACCCAAAUCAAUUUCGUAGCAAGACUGAGCGAUUUUGAGUACUUUGCGUGCAUGCAUACCUCAUCAGUGACUGUACAUACCUUGCCUACUCCUAGAGACCGCUGUGCUUACUCGUCCUUCUGUGCCUUGACUAAGGCUAUCGACCCUAGAUUUCUGAAGCACAGCCAAGAUAAAUUACAUUCCUUAUUUGUAACUGUAAAUUACCUUUAUUGUGUGUACAUUUUUACUGUACUUGAGACAUUUCUCUGUGUGUGUGUGUGUGACUAGUUAAUUUUGCAGGAUGUGCCAUAUCAAUUGAACGGAACUAAAGUCUGUGACAGUGGACAUAGCUGCUGGACCAUUCCAUCUUAUAUGUAAAGAAAUCUGGAAUUAUGAUUUUAAUACCAUGACAUGUGAUUAUAAUUUUCUUAGCAUUUUCUUUGUAAAAAAACUAAAAUAUAAACUAGUUGGUGUAUAAUAAAAGUAAAGAAAUUCUGAGAGGAGUUUUAUCUUAGGAUAAUACAUAUAUAUGCAGUGUGUGUGCCAGUGGUGUUAACAAGACUAAUAGUGUAAUUUGAUCCUUAACAAUGCCAUUAUUUAAGUUGAAGUGUUUAUUAGCUCACCCAAACGUAACGUGCUGUUAAAGGAAAUUGGCUUCUGAUGCAUGAACAUUUGUAUGUACAUGGAAAGUAGUCCAUAAUCCAAGUUAGAUAAGCCAAGUAUAGACAGUAUGUAACCCCUAAGAAGUGUUGAUGCCCUAUAAGGCACGUCAUACCAAGCUCCAUCCAAUACCUAAUAUGUGAUGGUUUAUUUGGAGAGAAUCACAUCUCUCCUAUAGAUUGGUGGUAAAGUAGGCUACUCUUUAAAUGGCAGCACUCAUUUUUACAGCUGCUAAUCUAAGAAAGAAAACUGGCCAAUUCUCAUGUAAAUAAUUGUUUAAAGAUUUAUAUAUAUAUGUAUCUAUAUAUCUCAUUUUUCCUUGGUUCCCAGUCUACAGUCCAGUAGGUUAACCAAAGAACCUCCCAUGGAUCUCUUGAUUAACUCUAGGGAACCUACUGAUUCACUCAGUGAACCAAGGGGAAAUCUAUGAAUAGAGUCAACGAGCCAGAUUCUUUACUUCACUAGUCAUGAGAGGGUAGCCCUGAGGAAUCCUAACACCAUGGUGAAAACUCUGUAAACAUGAAGUCCAAAUCAAAUGUAGAUUUUUUUUUUUCACAAUAUGCUUAUUAAUAAAUGGAAUUUAUGAAACGAAUAUAGAAAUGUACUUCAAUAUAAUCACCUUUGUUUUGGAAGGAACUCAGGUUUUCUUGCAGUUGUAAGAUAUAUUCUAUUUGUUUCAAAGAGGAAGAACUAUUUCUGUUCAUCUUGCAGAAGCUGUUUAAGAAGGUAAUUUCUGCUGGACAUGUUGGCACAUGCCUUUAAUCUCAGCACUUAGAGGCAGAGGCAGGCGGAUUUCUGAGUUCAAGGCCAGCCUGGUCUACGUAGUAAGUUCGGGGACAGCCAGAGCUAUGUACAAAAUCCUUGACUCCACAAUUUUUGAAGUUGGCCCAUAUGUAACGGGCAAUAAAGACACGAACUUGCUCAUCUUAAGCACAACAGUUUUAGCUUUAAUGUUAUUGGCCUUAGACUGGUACUGUCUUUGUAGGUCUUUAUAGAUACAUGUUGCCUUAUAAAGGCUUUGUCUUGAUCUAUAGUCAGAGUACCUGAAAAUUAGUAGCAGUAAACAUCUUCAGAGGUAAACUACAAUUCAGCUUUACAGAGGGAAAACCGAAGACUAGUUAAAGGGACUAAAGCUCAGCAGUUGGGGAAAAUAAAGGAGAAUAAGCUGAGGAAUCCCAGUUAAGCAGAAUUGUUUCCUUAAGUAGUAUGGUACAAAACUGUUCUGUCACAGUAAAGAUAACUAACCCUUAAGAAUAGUUAUCGUUCAUGUGACAAAAGUUGCUUCUGCAGCUAAGUAUUUUUUUUUGUUGUUCUAGAUUUUGUUUAGAAAUUUCUCAAUCUGAAAGGCUGCUAACUAUUUAAAGUCAUAACGCUAUUCACUACAUGACUUUGAAGCAGAUUUUGGGGAGCAAUCUGUGUAGGCAAACAAUUUAUAGUUUUAAGUUUACAUAGUGCACCUUUUCUAAAUUAACUGGAGAUAUUCCUUUAAGCUUCGGGUGUAAAGAGAAUUAAGUAUUUAAUAAAGAUAGUUUACUUUCCUUAUAUAAAUAAGACAGCUAAUUUAUUAAAAUACAUAACCAGCAUUUACACUAAAUCUGACAAUUUUUACAUAGCUUAAAAAGAAACACCACGUACUAGAAUCUUCAUUAUCCAGAAGUCAGGAAUAGCCUAUAGUUGUAGGAAAAUGGCUGUUCGUUUAAGAAGCUGAAAACUGAAAAUUUGAAGCUACACAUAGUGGUACUCAAGUGCAAUCCCAGCAUUUAGGAGGCUGAGGUAAGAUUCUGAGAUUAAGGCUAGCCUCAAAAGGAUCUUCUCAUUCAAGGAAAAAGAAAAUCAUUUUUCUUUUGAAUGAUUUGAAUUACAAAACCAUCUGGAAUUUUUUCUAAAUCUGCAAUUCGUAAAUGAUGUCCCCCUGGAGAAAAUGUGAUUUGAUAAAGAUUUCACAUUUAGUCCUUUUCUAAGCUUUGUGUUUCACGUGCAGAGUCACAUGUAGAACAUGCCUGCACUGUGUAACUGUGCCAGACUCUGGCUUCUCCAGAACUGUCGUGUUGUUACUGCAGCAGGACAGCUGACAAGGAAGGCAGUAAUACAUAGGAAGUAUAGAGGAUGAAAAGGGUGUGUGAGGAAAAGCCACAUAAGUAACUUGCAGCACAUGUGAAUGAGGAGGAGGUGGAGUAUAGGGGAUUUGUAGGCUGGUUGACUUAAGCUGCAGGCCUAAGUGAGCCUCAUAUUCUAGAACACCGUAACGAAAAAAAAUAACAUCUUCAUACAAUAAAUUGUUAGAAAGU